AUGCAUCCCCACCUACAUACCAAAGACAACAGAGGUUGUGAGGAGGUGAUGGCAAUCCUCGAUGAGUGCCAUGCACGCGGAUUUCUCUGGAAAGCAUCUGGAAUGUGCAACCAAGCAAAAAGAAACGUCAAUAAAUGUCUCCGUGCGGAACGGCUCGAAAGGACCAAGAAGAACCGGGAGGUUGCGAAGGUCAAGAGGGCGGGGAUUACGGCGAAGUGGACGGAUAUUGACGAGAACUCAUAA